AUGCUAAAAGAGGGACACAUAUUAUACAGAUUAGAGAGAGAAAGAUACAUAUUUGAGAAGAAGACUCGACCUUCCUAUGUAGACACAUAUUAUACAGGUAUACGGGGGAUUGGAAUUUCAAUAGGGAAGUUGGAUUUAUAUGUUGCUGCAGCUGGAAUAAACCCUCAAAGAGUGCUUCCUAUUAUGAUUGAUAUUGGAACCAACAAUCAGGCCCUUCUUAAAGACCCUUUGUAUUUAGGAUUGCAACAUCGUCUUGAUGGUGAAGAGUACAUUGCUGUUAUUGAUGAAUUUAUGGAGGCUGUGUUCACACGUUGGCCCCAUGUGAUAGUGCAGGAAAAAUACAUACGCAUAGAAGGAGAGGGUAGCUACAGAAGGAAACAUAGUGAGUCAAUGACUGCGAAAGCAAAGGUCAUUGAAGUUGAAGUUUAA